AAAAUAAAUUUAAAAAAAGAAAAAAGAAAAGAAAACCGGGCAUUCGUUUUGGUGACACAGGAAAUUGGUGAUAUUGCCGUGAGAGUUAAUGAAUGAUACAAGCAAAAGACAGAAGAGGUGCUCGCUUUGGCGGCACAUAUACUAAAAUUGGAACGAUAGAGAGAUAAGCACGUCCCCUACGCAAGGAUGAUACGCAAAUUCGCAAAGCCAUUCCAUUUUAAAAAAAAAAAAAAAAAAGACUGCCGUGAAUUAGGAGUAGAAAAUGGACACCAUCCCUCCGAGGUUGGUUAUGCAGACCAAGAGCGAGAGAGGGUAUUAGCAUUGGAAGAAAAGGGCUGGAGAUGUUAUUUUAAGAAGAGGGGAACUUUAGAUUAUUCAAAAGAAGACGGGAAGGAACCGGAAGAGGGAGAAGAAAAGAUAAGAGGCCGGGUGGAAAGAAAUCCAUAGUACUGCGAAUUCUCUUGCAUUACUACUGAUCCACCCAGCUGAAUGUUUCCGCGGUUUGAAUACCUAAGAGGCUUUCAGCCAAGGGGUUUUGACGGGUUGGUAUUUGUUUUGGAUUGUUCCUGCACUAAGGCCUUCCCUCCUCUGCCCUCUUCCCCUUCUUUCCCCGCCCAGUCGGUCUCCGUCUACAGCCCCGGUCAGUGCCAGCCACUCCUAGCAAAGAAAUAUACUGCCUGCCCUAUGAAUUCUUCCGGGUCUCCAGGCAGGGCCACGCCCAGUCUCAAUCUUGCCCGGCCGCCCAUUGGAGCGCGCUUCCCGAAAGACGCAUGCGCACAGAGGACGUAGUCGCUUCCAAGAUUGGGCACCCCCCCACCACCACCACCGCGGCCACCAAAUCUUGCGCAAGCGCGUUAAGUCCUGGUCGCUAUGCGGGUGGCGGGACGGGCUUCAUUGGGACAGCGCUAACCCAGCUGCUGAAAGCCAGGGGCCACGAAGUGAUGUUGGUCUCCCGAAAGCCGGGCCCCGAUCGAAUCACGUGGGAUGAACUUGAUACGUCGGGGCUGCCCCACUGCGAUGCCGCUGUCAACCUGGCGGGAGAAAACAUCCUCAACCCUCUCCGAAGGUGGAAUGAAAGCUUCCAAAAAGAGGUUCUCAACAGCCGCUUGGAGACCACCCAGAUACUGGCUAGAGCCAUCAACAAGGCCCCACAACCCCCCCAGGCCUGGGUCUUAGUCACUGGUGUAGCUUACUACCAGCCCAGCCUGACUGCAGAGUAUGAUGAGGACAGCCCAGGAGGGGACUUUGACUUUUUCUCCAACCUGGUAACCAAAUGGGAAGCUGCAGCCAGGCUUCCUGGAGAGUCUACACGCCAGGUGGUGGUACGCUCCGGGGUUGUGCUGGGCCGUGAGGGUGGUGCCAUCCGUCACAUGCUGCUGCCCUUCCGCCUGGGCUUGGGGGGCCCCAUCGGCCCAGGCCAUCAGUUCUUCCCCUGGAUUCACAUCAGGGACCUGGCAGGGAUCCUGGCCCAUGCUGUUGAAGCAAGUCAUGUGCAAGGAGUCCUGAAUGGGGUGGCUCCAGCCUCCACCACUACAAAUGCUGAGUUUGCCAAGGCCUUCGGCGCUGCCCUAGGCCGCCCAGCCUUCAUCCCUCUCCCCAGCAUGGUGGUGCAAGCGGUCUUUGGACGAGAGCGUGCCAUCAUGCUGCUGGAGGGCCAGAAGGUGGUCCCACGGCGGACACUGGCCACAGGCUACCAGUACUCUUUCCCAGAGUUAGGGGCUGCAUUGAAGGAAGUCGUAGCUUAAGUGGGGAGGCUCCUGGCAGGGCCUGAAGCCUGUCCCUCUACAGAGGCUUCCUGGUUAGAGACUGAAUAGGCCCAGGUACUCCGAAACCAGAAACCUUCUGGUGCUUAGGGAUUCCUCUCCCCGCCCUCCUUGUUGUUCUCUUGCUCUGCCUUACUUAACUGAGAAACUGUCCACUGUCUCAAGGUUGCAGGCUCAUCAAGUUGGGUCCUUCACCUCUUCAACUCCUUGUAAAAGAAUUUCCAAGUUUGGUUUCCCUACAUGUUCCAUUACUGUCCUUUAUAUUGUGUAGGAUCCUCUGUGACUGAGGCAAUAAAGAUAAAUUAUCUCACAGGC